AAUUAAAGAGAAUUUACAAUAAAAAAAUUCAAUUUUCACUUUUUAUUAGUAAUAUAAUGUUGGGGUGUGUAUAAAUAACCUUCUCGUUCUCGCUGGCAUAUCUACUCACUGAUAUGAGAGACCUGAAGAACUGCUCCUCCACUGUAUAGACACGCUCGAAUCUCAACUCCCUUCCUCCAUUGCUUCAGCUGUUUCGUAUACAAUAUUUUUAUUUUUACAAGAAAAUUAUAUACAACCAUAUGUGUAUAUAUAUUUUCAUGGCAGCGUCGUCGAUGUAGGCUUUUGAAAUGGAUAGACGCAGACAAUUACCCCACUUCAUGAACUUACCGGUUCAUCUCUUUCUACUCACUUUUCUCACGGCUCUCCAAGCAGUCACGUGGAGCUCGCACGCUGCACACUCGCCGUCUCCCGAGGAGCUUCUCCUAGGUUUCAGAGCCGCUCCCGAUUCAGCUGUCUCAUCUUUUCAGCCUCUGCUUAGCGACUCCUCGGGCAACUACUCGCUGGGUUUCCUCCGGGUCAACCCGAAUCAGCUGAGUCUUUCUGUUCUCCACGUCCCUUCAUCGGUUCCGGUGUGGUCCGCCAACACGACCCGUUUGGCCAGAUGGGCCGACUCGACUCAGCUUUUCUUCAAUGGCAGCCUGGUCUUAUCUGAUGCCCGCACCGGGGUGUUUUGGUCCACCGCCACUAUAGGGGACCGUGUUUGGCUCUCCAACACCUCGAAUCUCAUGAUACAGAAGCUUGAUGGGGUGACUAUAUUGUGGCAGAGUUUUGACUUCCCCUCGGAUACCCUUGUUGAAAACCAGAAUUUCACUAGUACCAUGACUUUAGUUUCUUCGAACGGGCUUUAUUCUAUGCGGUUGGGUCCGAAUUACAUCGGAUUAUACGCAAAUUUCGCGGGUUCGGGUAGGGGACCCGGUCAGAUAUAUUUGAAGCACAGGGCAAUGGAGGCGAAGGCGGAAAUAGUUGAAGGCCAGCCCAUAUACUUGGUUCUAAAAUCUGGCGGAUAUUUGGGCAUGUUUCAGAACGGGUCGAUCCCAGUUGAUGUGCAGUCUUUCAACACUUUUCAGCAAAACGUAUCGGGUAUCCGCCGGGUCAGAAUCGAACCUGAUGGAAAUCUCAAAGGAUACUACUGGACCGGGUCGAGUUGGAUAUUGGAUUAUCAGGCAAUAUCGGAUGCUUGUGAAUUACCUAGUUCCUGCGGCUCCUAUGGUUUAUGCAAACCCGGCAAGGGAUGCUCCUGCCUAGACAACCGAAGGGAUCACGAUUCCGGCGAAUGUGCACCGGCAGGGAAUCAACUUCGCGGUGACUUUUGCGGUGCGUAUGACAGCCGGGUAAGGGUAGUGAGAAGAAGCGGGGUCGAAUUGCCAUUUAAAGAAUUAAUGGGGUACAAAAACAUGGCGUCGAUUGAGGAGUGUGAGGGUGCAUGCGAAGGAAACUGCACGUGCUGGGGUGUGGUGUACAGUAACUCCUCUGGGUUCUGCUACAUGCUAGAUUAUCCGGUACAGACAGUGGUGGCAGUUGGGGAUGAGAGCAAGGUGGGGUACUUUAAGGUGAGGGAGGGAGUAAGGAAGAAAAAGGUGGAGACAUGGGUAGGGUUGGGGUUGGGGUUGUUGUUUGGGGCAAUAUUGGUAUUUGGAGGAGUGAUGGGGUUAGGAUGGUACAAGUGGAGAAGUAGAGGGGUAAAAGGGUAUUUAGAAGAGGAGGGUGUAAGUGGUGUUGGAGCAUACAAAGAUUUGGGAGGUGCCAGUUUUAGGUCAAUUGAAUUAUGUGAGAAAUGAUGAUGUAAGAGAUGACAUUUUUGGGACUAUGCCUUAUCAACUAACUUUCUUUGUUUAGUGGCUGUGGGGACAGUUAAGUAAAUCCACUUGUUUUUCUUUCUGUUUUUGUUGGUUCUGCUCUUGUAAAAUAUGCAUCACAUUUUGUACCAAAUGGACAACAUUAAAGGAAAAGCCAAAUUUAUAUUUCUAUAAAAUCUUUUAUAGUUUGAUGA